UGUUUUCAUGUCAAGGAUCCGGAAGAAAUUCCGCUUGUAGUUACAUUAUUCAGCUAUAAAAUAACAUUAAUUUCAUUUGAAUAUACUACGCAAUGUUGAAGUAAGUGGCGUGGAUGUUGUAAUUUCUCCUGCGAAAAUUAAGAUACAUAAUGGACAUCUGCCAACACUGAAAUGUCGCGAAGGGAAUCUGGUCCCCAGAGGGGAUCAGGAGGAGCAGGAGGUGGGGGAGCGGCAGCUCCCGCGGCAGCAGCAGCUGCCAAUGGUGGUGGUGCAGCUAAUGGAGGAGGUGAUGUGGGAAAUGAAUCUCAAGCAUCUUCCCCAAGUGAAGAUUGCAAGUUUGUGAAUGCCUCCCAUGCUGAAGCUGUCCUGGGUGGUCUCAAUGAAUUGAGGAAGAGUGGUCAUUUCUGUGAUGUCACUUUGUGUGUUGAUGGGCAAACUUUUCCAGUUCAUCGAUCAGUGUUAGCUUCAUUUAGCGCAUAUUUUAAGGCAAUGUUUCUUAGUAAUUUAGCUGAGUCACAACAGGAACAUAUCACUUUGAGUGGUGUUGAUGCCAACAUGGUUUCUCUGCUCAUUGAUUACGCUUAUACUUCUUCAAUCAUGAUAACAGAAAGCAAUGUCCAGUCCCUUUUAAGUGCUGCAAAUCUGUUAGAAGUGACAGCAGUGAGAGAAGCCUGCUGCCGAUUUUUGGAACGUCACAUUGAUGCCACAAAUUGUGUUGGGAUUCAUUGUUUUGCUGAGGCUCAUUCCUGUCAUGAACUUACAAAAAAGGCAAAGGCCUACACUCUUAGGAACUUUACAAGAGUGAUGGGGGGUGAAGAAUGGCUCAACUUACCCAUGGAGAAAGUGGUUGAAAUAAUAUCAGCAGAUGAACUAGAAGUAGAGAGAGAAGAGCAUGUUUUUGAUGCUACUACUGCUUGGCUUCAUCACUCAUAUGCUACAAGGGCUCCAGUUUUCCAUAAGGUACUAGAGUGUGUUAGGCUUGCUCUUGUUAGUCCGUAUUUUUUAGUGGAUGUUGUGGAAGGAGAAACAGCUGUGAGAUCCUCACCAGAGUGCCGGGUGAUAGUGGAAGAAGCGAGGAUCUACCAUCUCCUUCCCGACAGAAGGCACCAAUUGAUGUCGCCCCGGACCCGGCACAGACGCAACGCAAACACAACUACAGUGAUUGUAGCGGUUGGGGGUGAGGAUAACAAGCUUGUACUACGAUCUGUUGAAUGCUAUGAUCCACUUGCACAUUGCUGGAGAAGUCUUUCAUGCUUACCCUUUGCUGUGAGCAAACAUGGCCUUGUAGUAUCAGGUGAAAACAUUUUAUACUUAGCUGGAGGAGAGUUUCCUGAUGGCACAGUGACUCGGUGUUUAUGGCGCUAUGAGCCAGUUCUGGAUGAGUGGCAUGAUUUAGCUCCCAUGUCGAAACCUAGGAGUGAAUUGGGAGUUGCAGUACUCGAUGGCUAUGUUUAUGCAGUUGGAGGGUGGGAUGGAUCCCAUCGACUAACAGCUGUAGAACGGUAUGAUCCUAGGACAAAUUCUUGGAGUGAGGUUGCAUCCAUGAAAUUAGCACUCACUUCUCCUGCAGUUGCUGCUUGCCAAGGAAAACUGUAUGUAUGUGGAGGUGCUAUAUUGGAAGAUGGCGAUGGCAUUGACCUAACACAGAUGUACGACCCUCAUACAGAUACUUGGGAACAGCUGCCACCUAUGAUCAUUCCACGUAGUGGUUCAGCUGCAGCAGUCCUACACGGACUCAUCUACAUCAUAGGUGGAUGGCAUGCAUCUACUGAAAAUACUAAUAAAGUAGAAAGAUUUGAUCCGAGAACUAAAUCAUGGCAGACUGUUGCUGGUAUGUUUGAACGUCGUUAUAGACCAGGUGUGGCUGUUGUAGAUGGAAGAAUAUACAUUCUCGGAGGAGAAGAUGGGGGGUGGGAGCAUUUCCAUGACACAAUCGAAAUGUUACGCCCAACUUUGGACUCUUGGACCAUAGUUGGUGAAAUGUUGACUGGCCGAUCUUGGUUGUCCUGUGCACCACUUAGGUAUCCAAGAUUCGAACAUCUAGGAAAUGCAGCCCACAGCAAGCCGUUCUGUGGUGAUAGUAGUGAAAGGUCAGCAGAAAGCAAGUCACACACUAGAAGGGUCCGAUAAAUUAAACAUCACAUUGAAAGAAAUGUAGGGAGCAAGCUAAUAUCAUUGUUGUAAAAAUGUAGAAAGCAAGUCUGUUCUUGUUGUUGUGAAGUAACAUAAAAGAAUAUCUCACUGCACCAAUGAAAAAUAUCCCGUUUGAUGAGAAGUGUUGCCAUGUAAAAACUGAAAAAAUUCAUUAUGAUCAGUCUUGUAACCCAGAAUAUGAGAAGUCCUGUGAUUCAAGUGAUGUUUUAUGGGAAUUAUUAUAAUACAGAGUUACUAGUAAAUAAAAGAAGCAUUAGAUUAAUGCAAACACCAUACAAAGAACAAUUUAUAAUCGUCUGUUUAAGUACCCAAGAAGCUCAGUAAUUGGAUAAAAAUUCAGUGUAGCAAAUAAUUAUGCUCAUUUGCAUCACUUGUACACCACAAAUGUAUUGGUUCAGUGAAUCUUGAAAAUAUAAUUGAGGCAAGUUAUUAGUUUCAGCAAAACUAAUAACUUGCAAGUUGUUGGACUAAGAAACAGUUUGGGAGAGACGUCUGGAAGGUAACAUAGACUUGUCAGGGGGGUUGCUGUUCCUGAAGGGGAGAUUUUUUGUGAUGUUUUUGCAUUUGAGUUGUUGGAGUAGUACUUAACAUAAUUAAUUUGAUGAGUGAUACUUGAUUUUAAUUCAUGAUAACAUAUGUGCAUGAACUGAUUAAUGGAUAAUAAUUAGCAAUAUCAAAAUCUUCAUGUAAAACAUGGUAAGAUCUGUAGUAUUUGAUCCAGUGAGGGCUAAUUAUCUUUUAUGGUGUACAUAAAAAGGGUGCACUUCACGAACAAGCUGAUGGAAGAUUAAAAUCCAGUGUCCAGUAUUGCUGGGAUUCACUGUCUUUGCAUGGCUAUCAUGAGUAGAAUUGCAGAAACAGCAGUGAAUUAAAAGUCUAGGUAUAGUAUAAAAUGCAUUCUUUUCAAAGUAUGUAUGUAUAACCUGUAGCAUUUAUACCAGGAAAAAGAGCAAGAUACAGAAAUGAAGCAUGGGUAUUUGAUGCCAUACCAAUUCCCAUCCUAAGAAAAUUUACCAGCAUAUGUAUAUGUGUAAUGAAGCAUAGUAAACUUCACAUUUAGAUAUUUGAUCAUAGCUAGUGCCAACCAAUUCCAGUUUCUCAGCAUUCAAUUGGGUUUUGUUGCACGACAUACCCGUUACUUGUAAGUAGCCCAUUUCCACGGUGAGCAAAUCAGCUAGACCAUAUAAUCCCUCAAAGGAAGAGAAAUAAAAUGGAAGUCUGUCUCUUUUGUGCAUAUGCAGAAAACUCCCAAGGCUCUCAGCAAUUGAGGAAAAGGUACCAAGAUCUUAUGAUGAGCAUCAGGGAGCACAAUCAGGUUAUUGGUAGAAGAGACAAGAUCCUUAACCUUUGUCAUGGCUGCCUAAAGCAGAGUCCAUGUAGCUUUCAGCUAAGCCCUGCCCACUGCACGCCGGUGAUUGGCUAGCUCUCGAAGGAGUAAUGACGUCACACUAGUUAACAGUCCAAAUGAUUAGUAGUAUGGAUUUGACUCCAUUCAGUGGUGUUGAGUUUCGUACAUGAAUCAUGACACCAUAGAUUUGAGAUCCUUGAGUUGUGAAGUAUGCAAUUGAUAUUUCCGAUAAAAGAUAAAAUUAUAUAUCAUUAUGAAGAUCUUGGAUCAUUUUCAUGCACAGCCUAAAUACACAAGCAUUCUUGCUUUUUUUCUUUUAAAUUGGUCUUGGCCUAUUUAAGCAAUCCCACAUAGCCCACAUUACAUAAUUGAAAUGAAGCAUAGACUUAUUCUGCCAGUUCUGAUGUUAGUGUAUUAAUUCAUCAUAAUUCUACAUGUCAAAUGGUAACAUUGAGAGAUUAGUCCUACGUGUUAAUUUCUUAUAUUUUGAGGCAAUGGCAUGGCAUAGGCCUACACAUCAAAUUCUUAUAUUUUGAGGCACUGCCAGGGCAUAGGUGCCUACACAUCAAUUUCUUAUAUUUUGAGGCAGUGAUAGGGCAUAGGCAUACUUGUCAGUUUCUUAUAUUUUGAGGUAAUGAAAGGGCAUUUGAUGUGUUAAACCUGUCAGGCCAUAGAUCUACACAUCAAAUUAUUUUAUUUUGAGACAAUGACAGGACCUACCCAUCAAAUUCAUAUUGCAAAUAGUUUUCUACUGGUAUCUGUUAGAAAUAUGGUAGCUUUUGAUUAGUAUAGUAGUUUCAACUCCAUAUAAUGGAUAUAAAAUGGAAUGUCCCAUAUAAGCAAGAGCACAUACACAUACAUGCGUGGAUGGCCAUAGUAACUGCAACGCCACUUAUACCACAGAGAAUAAAGGUAAAACUUGUGGGCUCAUAGCAGAUGGCACACACACACUCAAUCUUAGGAAUGUCUCAGCCUUACACACAACUAUCAAACUGCUCUCAAUGAACUAUAUCUAACAGAUAUUGGAAAUAUAUUUACAAAAGAAUAACGAAUUAUAUUACUCUGAUGAGUAAAUAUCUAGCUGCUAUAGCAUUUCUAUGAAAAUGAAGGCUAUACAUAGUAGGAAGGCAUCACAAGAUACUUAACAAAAUAAGAAAAAUAUAUGAUAGCUGAAAAAGUUAUGUAUGAGAUUAUCCAAACCAGUCUGCGAGUAGCCCGUGAAUCAAUCACUUGGUUUUGGGGGCAUUCUUUUAGAGUCUCUCUCUCUCUCUCUCUCUCUCUC